GCCUGUGGUAGUAAUGCUCUCGGGAGGAUAAGCGCGCAGAGGAGGCUGUGAACACCAAACCUGUGUUUUUCUUUACUGUUUUAUUUCUAAAAGAGGAGAGAGAGCGAGAGAGAGGAAAGAAAAAAAAAAAGAAAAAAAAAAAAAAACAAAAACAAAGGACGUCUGUACACGCUCUCGAUCUCCCAGCACUAGAGCGCGGUUAGGAUGGAGCAGCUGAGUGAAAUGGAGUGCGGAGUGCUGAAGCGGCUGCUGAAGGAGGAGGGAACGGCGAGGUGCCUGCUGCUGGACUGCCGCUCCUUCCUGGCGUUCACCGCCUGCCACAUCCGCAGCGCAGUCAACGUCCGCUGCAACACGAUCGUGCGCCGGAGAGCGAAGGGCUCUGUGUCUCUGGACCAGAUCCUGGCCGGGGAUGAGGAGGUGAAGUGCAGACUGAUCUCGGGCCUCUACACGGCCGUCAUCCUGUACGACGAGCGCACUCCGGACGCAGCCGCUCUCAAAGAGGACAGCACCAUCGCGCUGGUGUUUAACACACUGGGCAGAGACACCUUUAACACAGAGGUCUACCUCCUCAAAGGAGGCUACGACCGCUUUUUCUCUCAAUAUCCAGACUACUGUUUAAAGAGCAAAUCUCUGCCCAUGGCCGCAGCACAGAGCAGCACCGAGGCGAGCUGCACCUCCUGCACAACUCCACAACACGACCAGGGUGGACCUGUGGAGAUCCUUCCCUUCCUGUUUCUUGGCAGUGCCUUUCAUGCAUCCAAAAAGGACAUGUUGGAUGGCAUGGGCAUCUCUGCCUUGCUGAAUGUGUCUUCAAAUUGUCCCAACCACUUUGAAGGAGCCUACCAGUAUAAGUGCAUCCCGGUGGAGGACAACCACAAGGAGGACAUCAGCUCCUGGUUUAUCGAAGCCAUUGACUUCAUAGACUCGGUGAAAGACUCCAACGGGCGUGUCCUUGUUCACUGUCAAGCAGGGAUUUCACGCUCAGCCACCAUUUGCCUGGCUUACCUGAUGAAGAAGAAGCGCGUGUGCCUGGACGAGGCUUUUGAGUUUGUCAAGCAGCGGCGCAGCAUCAUCUCACCCAACUUCAGCUUCAUGGGCCAGCUGCUUCAGUUUGAGUCACAGGUGCUGGCCACGUCAUGCUCAGUGGAGGCAGCCAGCCCGUCAGCCACUCUGGGCCCUAAGUCUUCCCCAUCAACAAGCUCACCCUUCAUCUUCAGCUUCCCUAUGGGGCCAGUGGGGCCACACGGACAGCCCAGUAGCCUCUCCUAUUUGCAGAGUCCUAUCACCACCUCCCCCAGUUGCUGAUAAAAUGCUCAGGCCACAAAUGGCAAAACCUUUUAGACUGUAGUGUAAACAGAGUCCUCACUAAUGAAGGAUACUAGUGUGGACAGUCCCUUUGAGGGGGUUCAGGGAAUCAGCACCAAUUUUCACCCAAACAACUAGAAGUUUGAUUGGUGGCUGGUUGGCUGGAAGGGGGUCUCCAGUAAUCAAUUGUGAACUUGACAAAGACAAGAAUAUCAGAAGAAUGAAUUUGUGUUCAUCUGUGAGGGCAACGCAUCCUGGGUUCUUCCAAAGCCCUGCUAUGUGGUUUGGUAGGGUGGGUUGAAUGAAAGCUGUGGGGGUAGGGACAAGCAUUCCCCUUUCCUUGCGGUCUCACUUCCUGACAAAGAGCAGUAGGCCCUUCAGCUGUGGCAGGUACUGCACACUGUGUCUGGGACUGUUGGCUUUCUGUUAUCAUCCUCCUCCUUUUCUCAGUCAGAAAGAAAAUGACUGAGCUUGUCCAGCACAGACUGAACCUGCUCAUGGUUUGGGGCUUCACGCAGCAUGUCUCAUUUGUUUUUUUGGUCAGUGCCUUGUACAAAGGGUACAGGACACAGAUGGGCCUGUUUGGGCAAUUGCAUCCUGCACAUCACCUUCCCUGUGGGAUCAGAUCUCCGAAGGCAGACGGACAGGCAACUCUUGACUGAAAUGUUUCGACUUGCAAUAUGUCUCCGUCUCUCAACUGAAACAGAGCAAUAACAUCUCCCUGCCUCUUCCCAGUUGCCACCAAAGCACUGUUGUGUUUUAGAUGUCUAUCACACUGUACAAUCAUGCUCUUGAUGUCUCGGUUUCUGUCUCUAAUAAUUUGUACAGUAGCAGGCUUGGGCGUUCUUUCUGCUGUAUGUGUUGCAGAUAAAAAUGCUGUGGGAUUCUCCAGAACAGAAUGUUCUCAGUUUUUAAAAUAAUUUUGGUACAGAUUUGUUUUGUGAAGGGUACACAGAAUUCCCUCGGUCAUUUUGAUAAGUCUAACCACUGUAACCUUUAUUUCUUAUGUAAGUGUGGUUCCGUUAGUGGCUACAACUCUUGCUGCUCUGUAUGACUGCACUGGAUAAAUAUAUAACAAGAGUGAAGAUAGAGAUACCUGCAGUCUUCUGAAUGUUCAUGUUAAGACACAGCUCGGUAAGAGACUCCACUUUUGAAUUCUUCAGCUUGCCUUGAAGGGUAGAGUUCAUCUCAACAUUGAAUUGGGGGUUUAAUCGUUCCACCUUUCCUGACGAAUAUGGGCACCUUUUUUAAAGAGCACUUUUAAGUGAUGCAAUAUGCUGAGGUUUUGUUUUGCACAUGACCGGAGUAGAUACAACAGCUGAAUACUGUGCGUUUGUUACGCCCAUUAGAGCUUUACUUUGUGUCCAUGUAAAUUCCAUGGUCUGUCACCACAUCACUGAUGAAUGCAAUACUUUUUACUGUAUCCGUCAACCGAGAUGUUUAGACUGCCAAUGGCAAUAUCAGUCGGUUCGAUUUUUAAAGCGAUUUGUUGUGUAUGUAUAUUUUAUUUAUUCCUUGACUUCCAUUGUCAAAUAUAACAACGUUCUUUAA